UUCAUGGAAUCGAAUUUCAGUCCAAGCCCUGCGGAGCCACACCCUGAUACAAUGGAUUUUAUGUCUCUUGCAUGGUGCAAUUUUGCAGUACAAGCUUUGCAACCAGAGCAACAAGGCCACCAAUCUCUUGUUCUGUUGGACGAUCCAAUCGUCAAGUUUGAGAGCCAUAACAUGACUCAAUUCACGAAGUUGGAGAAGAAUGCACAUAUGGGUGGUGCAGAUGUCAAGCCUCCACCAUGGCAAUCCAAUGACGUAAAGUCAUGGAUAUGGAUGCAACAAGCCAUGCAUCCAGAAUUGAACUACAACAGCUAUUUCCGAAAGAAAUGGCUAUCGUGGAAGAUAGUGCCAUUCAAGAACAUGUCGAUUAAGAAGUGGCUGAAGGAGAUCAAGGAAAAGAGGAAAGAGGAACACAGGUUGCAAAGAGCUGAAGUCCACGCAGCUAUAUCUAUGGCGGGUGUGGCAGCAGCGCUAGCUACCAUUGCGGCCGAAAGCUCUGGAAAGAAUGAGAGCACAGCCAAGGAAGCAGCAGUGGCUUCUGCAGCUGCUCUGGUGGCAGCCCAGUGUGCAAAAGUUGCAGAAGCAAUGGGAGCAAAGAAGGAGCAGAUCAGCAGUGUAAUAGGUUCGGCCAUGAGUAGUACAAGUGCAAGUGAUAUCUUAACCCUCACGGCAGCCGCUGCAACAUCUCUAAAAGGAGCAGCUACACUUAAAGCAAGAUCAGGAUGCAAGAAUAUGCUACACGGCGGUGCACCCGUGCUGCCCAUCGAGGACAACCACGAGGUUGACUUUGACUUCGAAAAAUAUAGGUCAAUGCUAAGAACGGGUGUGCACCUCAGCAUCGAAACACCAGAUGGGAAGUACAUGGUCAGAUCAGUGUCUGUCAUCCUAAGCAGUGAAGCCAAGGUUGUUCUUAAAAUAAGGAAGCUCAGUCUGUUGAAAAGCAAGAAGGAAAGGAUCAUACUGGACAUGCAUGCAGAGCUGUAUAAAGAUUCAGAAGCAGAGACUGGUACAGGUUAUCUUAUCGUCUUGACAACGAGUAAGGGAACUUUCAAACUCGACAUGGAAGAUGACUAUCAACGUUACAAGACAUGGGCCACAACCAUUAAUCAUAUGCUCAUGCUCUCUACUUCAUUAUCAAAAUAUCAUCUUCAGUUCUACAAAAACUAAUGUUAACCAUCUGUUACUAUGAACAGUUGUUGCACCGAUGUGCAUAUAUGUCCUCUUCUUGUGUAAUUAUCAUAAGUACAUUCAUAAUUCCUAUCUCACAGAUAUUUGGUUGCUACAUCAACAAGCUGUUAUGUUCACACACGCGAACACUGUCAACAAUUACGAGAAAAUAAAUAUAGGCAAUAACUUCUUAAUCAAUGCAUAUGAACCUAAUAGUAAACAACAGUCCAAUAGACAGUAAUUAGUGCAUAAUAAUAAUCCAGGAGACAGUAGAUAGAGACCGAAAAUUGGCAUUUACAUAAGCAUUUAAGUCAAUAGUCUUGUACAGCUAACCAAGUAGCAUUGUACCGUAUUUCUAUACCAUCUCUA